GGCGGAGUGCGGCUCUGAAGCAGGGGGGGCUGGGCUGCGGAGGGGUGGGCGCUUCCCGAGGGCCUCGGGAGGGCAGCCGGGACCCUUGCGGGCCAGGAAAGGCCAUUCGUCCUCUUCGCCGCGCAUCUCCUGCUCCUGCUCAGACUGAGUCGAGCGCCGGCACCAUGUCGGCCUACCCCAAAAGCUACAACCCGUUCGACGACGACGCGGAGGAUGAACGCGCCCCGCCGACCCCGUGGAAGGACGCCAGCGACCUCCCCGACGGGCUUGGCGCCCCCGCGGACCGACAGCAGUACCUGCGGCAGGAGGUGAUGCGCAGGGCCGAGGCCACGGCCGCCAGCACCAGCAGGUCCCUGUCGCUCAUGUACGAUUCCGAGAGGAUCGGGGUCGCCACUUCCGAGGAGCUCGUCCGUCAGCGAGGAGUCUUAGAACGCACAGAGAAGAUGGUGGACAAGAUGGAUCAAGAUUUGAAGACCAGCCAGAGGCAUAUUAACAGCAUUAAGAGUGUGUUUGGGGGGCUUGUCAAUUAUUUCAAAUCCAAACCGGCAGAGACCCCACCUGUGCAGAAUGGCACCCUCACCCCCCAGCCCAGCAGCAGAUUGAAAGAAGCCAUAAGUACAAGUAAAGAACAGGAGGCACAGAACCAGGCCAGCCACCCAAACCUCAGGAAGCUGAAUGACUCAGACUCUGUCCCUGGUGGGGCCAGUUCUUCUGUGAGUACUGAGGCUUACCCGAAGAACGCACACCUUCGAGCCUAUCACCAGAAGAUCGACGACAAUCUAGAUGAGCUGUCCUUGGGACUGGGCCGGCUGAAGGACAUAGCCCUGGGGAUGCAGACGGAAAUUGAGGAACAAGAUGACGUUCUUGACCGCCUCACAGCCAAAGUGGACAAGUUAGAUGUCAAUAUAAAAAGCACAGAAAGAAAAGUUCGACAACUAUAAAGACAGAGAAGGAUUUUCACUCCGUUGCGGUGAAAAGAUUUGAAAGAUCCUCUUUUAAACUCCCAAGAAAUUUCAUGUAUUAUUUUAGUAUGUAAUUUAACAUGUGUUUGCAAAUGUUAUAACGGAGUGGGUCUUAAGAGA